ACCAUCAGGGUGCAGGUGUCCGACGUGAACGACAACGCCCCCGCCUUCAGCCAGCCCUCCUACACCCUGCUGGUGGGCGAGAACAACAGCCCCGCGCUGCACAUCGGCAGCGUGAGCGCCACGGACGCGGACGCGGGCAGCAACGCGCAGCUGACCUACUCGCUGCUGCCGGGCCCCGAGCCGCGGCCCCCGCAGCCGCCGCUCGCCUCGCUGGUGUCCAUCAACGCGGACAACGGGCAGCUGUUCGCGCUGCGCUCGCUGGACUUCGAGGCGCUGCGCGCCUUCGAGUUCUUUGUGCGCGCGCAGGACCGCGGCUCGCCCGCGCUGAGCGGCCAGGCGCGGGUGCGCGUGCAGGUGCUGGACCGCAACGACAACGCGCCCUUCGUGCUGUACCCGCUGCAGAACGCGUCGGCGGCGUGCAGCGAGCUGGUGCCCAGGGCGGCCGAGGCGGGCUACCUGGUGAGCAAGGUGGUGGCGGUGGACGGCGACGCGGGCCAGAACGCCUGGCUGUCCUUCCAGCUGCUCAAGGCCACGGAGCCCGGGCUCUUCAGCGUGUGGGCGCACAAUGGCGAGGUGCGCACGGCGAGGCCGCUCAGCGAGCGCGACGCGCCCAAGCACAGGCUGCUGGUGCUGGUCAGGGACAAUGGCGAGCCGCCGCUGUCGGCCAGCGUCACGCUGCACGUGCUGCUGGUGGACGGCUUCUCGCAGCCCUUCCUGCCGCUGCCCGACGCGGCGGCCGGCGCGGCGCCCGACGACCGCCUCACCGUCUACCUGGUGGUGGCCUUGGCGUGCGUGUCGUCGCUCUUCCUCUUCUCCGUGCUGGCCUUCGUGGCCGUGCGCCUGUGCCGGCGGGCCGGGCCGGCGGCGGGGGGCGGCUACCCCUACCCGGGUCUGCCCGACGGGCCCUUUCCGGGACAGCUGCUGGACGCCAGCGGCGCGGGGACCCUGUCCCACAGCUACCAGUAUGAGGUGUGCAUGUCUGGAGAUCCUAGCACUGGUGAGUUCAAAUUCCUGAAGCCAUUGUACCCCAACCUCUUCCUUCAGAGCUCUGAUAGCCAAAGUAAAGAAACCCCCAACAACACAAAUAAUUUUCUUUCCAGAACUAACACUUACAUAGAGUGA